AUAGCCAAUAAAAACUAUUCUAAAUGGCCGCCGUAGCCGAUCGCUGCUGUUGCAAGAUACUCAAAGAGUAACGUCAUCCAGCUUCAUCAUCACAAGUCGGGGUUAUCUUUCCCCUCAGCAGUCAUGGACACAUCGCUUUCCGGAACAAAGCAAAAGAAAAAAAAGAAGCCAGCUCGCAAGGAGUCUCACCCAGAGUCAAAAGAUAGCUUGCAGGCCAACAAAAGCCAACCUGGCUUACAGCAGGCCAAAGUGCAGCCGAUACAGAUUACUGUAACCAAAAAGCAGAGCACGGAAGGAAACGAGAACAGUACACAUCCAAUUGCUAAAGUGGUGCUCAGCAAAGUGCUGCCGCAGCAACCGGCCCACAAUCCACCACAAGAAGUGCAGCUUGCUGAGGGAGCAGUAGGUCAGAAAAAGAAGAAGAAGAAGAAAAAGAAGAAGCCAAAGCAGCAGCUCGAGCAUCAGGCGGUGGAAUCGGUGCCAGACAAGCCCGUCGAAACGCACGAAUCUGGCUGUUGUAAGCUCAGAAAUCUCAAGGAAAUCACUUGUUUUGAGCUGAUCUGCCCUCACUCUAUCAAGCCAGCAGGCAAACCGCUUUCGUCCGAAGGCCCGAAUGCAGAAGCGGCAGCAUCACCUUCUCCAAAGCCUUCCCAGCCUGCAACCGCCACCAACGUUCUCACCCAGAAUCACCUGGACAGCUUGUCCGACGCCAUUGUGAAGAGCCUGGCAUCGCUGGACAAGAGCUCCAUCAGCAUCACCUUAGUGAACCCCAAGGACGAGUCCACCGUCGGCGAGAAAAUCGUCCGCGCCCUCCAGGAGCCUUCGCCCAGCCCCAAUCGUGAGAUAGUGGUCGACAUAUGCGGUACGAGUGUGAUUGACUUUGGAAAGAAGGACAGCGGUGUAAGCUGUAGUGUUGUGUCGCAGAACUCUGGUGGCAAAAUGCCGUCGGGAGAAGGCGUUGGCUCGAAGAAGUCUGGUAAGAAGAACAAGGACAACAUUGUCACGGUGAAAGCUGUGAACAAUCACGUUGUGAUAAGUGGUGACAAGCAUCCCCAGAAAGUGGACGAAAAGGCAGCAAAGGUCAUUCAGAAACAAGCAGAUGUCAAGCUUGGCGGAGUGCCUUUGGCGCAACCAAAAAAAGAGAUCGAUAGCGCAGCGCCCAGAAACGCCUUAACGAACGACACAGCACAGGGUGGGGCUGGAGAGAAAACGAAAGCGCAGCUCAAGGCAGAAAGAAAAGCAGCUUUUGAAGCUGAAAAUGCUGCCAGGCUAGCUGCUCAAAAAAGUGAAGGAAAUGCCGUUGGUGAGAAAAGCAAGGCGGAGCUCAAAGCGCAGAGGCGAGCAUUGCAAGAAGCCCAGCGGGCAGCAAAGGCGGCCGAAAAGCCCAGCAAGGCAGCAGAGCAGGCACCCACGACUGCCAAGCAGGUUGCAGCUGCGGGUGCUUCGCACCACCCAGUUUCCAAGAAAGCAGAUGGCGAAGGCAAACAGGAACCAGCACCUCACUCACAGGAGGCUCCCGCAAAGAAAGCCGUUCGAAAGCCAGCAACCGAAGACAAGCAGCAUGAAGUUUUGCGGCUGUUCUCUCAUCUGCAUCAAAACCCUGGAACAGUGGACCACCUGAAGCCUUAUGGUUUAUCCGGUUCUUCCAUUCAUCCAGCCGUCUUUCGAACGGGGCUCCAGAUUGCGGAGGGCGUUGUCAUCGGCUCGAACGCUCGCUGUGUUGCCAUGCUGGCAGCAUUCAGAUUGCUGAUAGAGGACUACACUUGUGAUGCCAGCAAAAGGGUGUCCCAGGACCUCAGGGAGAGACUGGACAAAAAUAUCGAGUUUUUAAAUAAAGCCAGGCCUCUGAGCAUGAGCAUGCAGAACGCAAUGACGUUUCUGAAGGCCCAAAUCUCUGAAAUUCAAGAUGCAGAGCCAGUGGAAAAGGUAAAAGACAGUCUAGUGGAAUGGAUUAAGAAAUUUGUGUACGAAGAAAUUUGUCUGGCGAAGCGUCAGAUUACAGUAGAGGCCCAGCAAAAAAUCAUGAAUGAAGACGUUAUUUUGACUUAUUGCUGCUCAUCAUUGGUCAAGAGUGUGCUCAAGGUAGCGCACGAGUCUGGGAAGAACUUCAGAGUCAUUGUCGUCGACAGCCGGCCACAAUUUCGAGGUCGAGAAAUGUUGGAGUACUUGUCCAGUAUUGGAAUCAACUGUACUUAUGUCCUUAUAACUGCUGUAUCUUAUAUAAUGAAGGAGGUGACAAAAGUAGUGCUCGGAGCCAGUACUCUUUUGGCCAACGGUUAUGUGAUGGGUCACAUCGGCACCUCCCAAAUAGCUUUGGUUGCCAAGUCAAGGAAUGUACCUGUGUUAGUGUGCUGCGAAACGUACAAGUUUUCUGACAGGGUCAUCACCGAUUCCUUUGCGCUCAAUGAACUGGGGCCAACUUCACAGCUUGUGUCAAGUCUGCCUGCUAGCCUCAAGACCGACGGCCUAAAGGACUUGCCAUGUCUCAGCUUUCUUAACCUCAUGUAUGACGUUACAGCACCCCAGUUUGUUGACAUGGUAAUCACCGAGAAAGGCAUACUUCCCUGCACCUCAGUGCCUGUCGUGUUGCGGAUGCGGAACGCAGUGUACCAGUAGAGCUCCUUUAGGAUAAUUCUCGUUUUGAGAUAUCGCAGUGUUCAAAAUGUACGACAGGCUCGUACAAUUCGCCAGAAUUAACUCGGGAGCUUUCCAUCAGCCUGAGUGUUGAGGUGGGAGGACUUCGUAAUUGUGCUGUACGAAGUGACCUUGAUUUCUUUCUUUCUUUUGUAAUAAAAGAUAGUAAAUGACAGCAAAUA